AAAUGUCACACUUAAUAAUAAAAUGCAACGUUUUAUUGGAAAAGUUGUAAAAUAAUCGUCAUUUCACCGUUUAAAUCAUAAGAGUUAGCUCCGCCAAGUCUUUGUGUAACCAUUUAACAUAUCUGUAGUGUAAUCCAGUAUUUAUAAUCAAGAAUAUUGUAAAAUAUGGAUGUGGAUACAGAAGAUGCCAAUCCUAAAGAACCAGCUUCUCCGACAGAAAGCAAUCGUUCACGUUCGCGCUCACGCUCAAAAUCCAUAGAAAACGAUGGAGUCGUGCCGAAUGGAGUGUCUUCCCCAGCUCAUUCCAAAUCCAGAUCCCGGUCACGUUCGCGCUCUGGCUCUCCACAAAUGAACGGCAACACCACCAGAAACUCCCGCUCUAGAUCCAGAUCGCGGAGCGCGUCUCCAGAAGCCAGCGGCGACGAACGCAAAUCCCGCUCCAGGUCUAGGUCCAGGUCCGCUAGUGCUCACUCCGGUUCCAGAUCACGCUCGGGUUCCCGUCGAUCACGCUCCCGCUCACCCAGCCAAGGAUCCACCUCUAAAAGAAUGUCCAGAUCUCGCUCCAGAUCCGCAUCCGGAUCCAGAAAAGCAUCACGUUCCAGAUCACCCUCUGCAUCGCCCCACUCCCCCCGCCAGUCACGCUCACGCUCAGGCUCGAGAAAAUCAAGAUCCAGAUCAGGAUCCGCGAAAUCAGCAGCUUCGGCACGCUCACGAUCCGGUUCAAGAAAAUCCCGCUCGAGAUCAGGAUCCAGAAAGUCGCGCUCGCCAUCCGGAUCAAGAAAAUCGCGCUCGCGAUCCGGAUCGAGAAAAUCGCGCUCGAGAUCCGGCUCGAGGAAGUCGCGUUCCAGAUCCGGCUCCAGAAAAUCCCGUUCCAGAUCACGUUCAAAGUCCGGAUCGAGAAAAUCGCGUUCGAGAUCUGCAUCCGUGAAGUCGAAAUCUCGGUCGAGGUCCAGGUCCGGCUCGGCCAAAUCCGCCAAAUCCAGAUCCGCUUCUAGAUCGAGAUCUAGGUCUAGAUCUGGCUCGCGACGGUCUCGUUCUGGCUCCGCUAGAUCGCGUUCGGGUUCGCGGCGAUCUCGGUCUGGAUCCGCCCGAUCGCGUUCUGGAUCAGCCAGAUCCCGGUCGGGUUCGCGGCGAUCCAGGUCUGGGUCUGCACGGUCGCGAUCGGGUUCACGGCGGUCUAGAUCUGGGUCGGCCAGGUCGCGUUCGAGGUCUAGAUCUGGUUCUAGGAGAUCUAGAUCGGGUUCGGCGAAGUCGCGGUCACGCUCGCGUUCGGGGUCUGGAUCGAGGAAGUCGAGGUCGCGUUCAAGGUCGGGUUCGGCGAAGUCUAGGUCUAGAUCGCGCUCGCGCUCGGGGUCGCGUUCAGGGAGUGAGGGGCCUGUGGGGAGGAAGAGGAGGCUGAUGUCGGAUUCUGAGGAAGAGGGCGACGUGGGGGCUCCUAAGGCGAAAAAGGCUGUGGUUAGUGACGAUGAAGGUGCUGGGCCUUCAGAAGAGAAGACUGUUGAGGGGCCGCCGGAGGAGACUGCGAAUGCGGUGGUUCCUGAUGUGUCUGAGGAUUCAGAUGAUGAUAGGCCUAUGCACGAUGGGAAUGAUGGGUUGUCGGACUUCGAUGCUAUGUUGCAACGGAAACGGGAUGAACAGUCCAAGAAGCGUAAAAGAAAAGACAUUGAUAUCAUUAACGAUAAUGAUGAUAUUAUAGCACAAUUGCUGGCUGACAUGAGGAAUGCUGCUGAGGACGACAGAAGACUCAACCAGCAGCAGCAACCCGCGACGAAAAAAAUCGGAAUGCUGCACAGAGUGAUGUCGCAGCUGAAAAAACACGACUUACAGUUGGCUUUCAUCGAACACAACGUCUUAAGCGUCCUCACGGACUGGUUAGCACCAAUGCCUGAUAGGUCCAUGCCGUCUCUUCAAGUCAGAGAGGCAAUUCUGAGACUCUUAGCAGACUUCCCUAAGGUAGAUCACUCCACACUCAAACAUUCUGGAAUCGGUAAAGCUGUGAUGUAUCUGUACAAACACCCGAAAGAAACUAAAGAAAAUAAGGAACGCGCGGGAAAACUGAUAAGCGAGUGGGCGCGACCCAUUUUUAAUCUGUCGGCAGAUUUUAAAGCCAUGACGCGCGAAGAGCGUCUACAGAGAGAUCUGGAACAAAUACCAAAACGACGAGGGAGCGAUCCACAGUCGUCUUCUGAGAGGAAAGAACUGAACAAAGCGUUGAAUUCUGAGGGAAAACCUUUGAGACCCGGCGACAAAGGGUGGGUGGCAAGAGCUAGAGUUCCUAUGCCUUCCAACAAAGACUAUCUAGUUCGUCCGAAAUGGAAUUCUGAAGUAGACAUUAGUAGAUCGUCGAAAAAACAAAUGAACAGGUUUGAAAAACACUACAAGAACUUCUUGGAUGGUAAGCGGUUGAAGCAACCCAGACGAGCCGUAGAAAUUUCGAUCGAAGGAAGAAAUAUGGCCUUGUAAAUGAUUAGUAGAAGUACGAAUUUAAGACAGAAUAUUUAUAAAUGAUGAAGUUUUAAAAUUUUUCUUUAUUUUUAUGUGUACUGUACGUAUCUAGUUAAUGACGGUAGAUCCUAUGUGAUGAGGUUUUAACUCUAUGUGUAACGUAUUGGAGUGAAAUUACGAGAUUUUGUUUAACUUUUUACAUUUUGUGAAGGUGCGUCCAUGUGGAGCGAACGUGGCAGCGGACGAUUACUACUUUGAAUUUUAUGGAUUGCAUCCUGUGGACGCACCUUUUUCGUCAAAUUUGGGCAGUUGCAUCACUUGGAAUUUUUUAUUAUAUUUAUUGAAAUUUCAUUCAAUGUGUUUUGAUUUACAGAUGUAUUACGACUCUAAAUAAAUUUUGUACAGACUGUAGAA